GCUGCGGCGGCCGGGCCGGAGCGCUUUGGCGGUUGCACCGGGGCAAGAUGGCGGAUCGGGAGGAGGCGCUGAGGGAGUUCGUGGCCGUGACCGGGGCCGAGGAGGAGCGAGCGCGCUUCUUCCUGGAGUCGGCGGGCGGGGAUCUGCAGGUAACCCUCGGCCGGGGAGGGGGCGCCCCUCGCUUCCCGGGGGGGGAGAAGAAGGGGGGAGAAAGAGCAGCAGCAGCAGCAGCGCCUCUCCCCCUUUCUCCUCCUAACACCCGAAUGGGCCGCCUGGACUCUCUCCCUUCUCUCCUGUCCUGUCCUCCCCCAUUUCCUCUCCCUCUUCCCCUCCUCUCCCUCCUUUUCCCCUCCCCCUCUCUCUUGCCCCCUCUUUUCCUUUCCUCUCUUCCCACACCCCUCCCCCUUUUCCUCUCCUGCCCUCCCUCUCUCCCCCUCCCCACCAUCUUCCCCCGCCCCCUUUUCCUCUCCCCUCCCACCUGCCCUCCCUCUUUCCCCCUACCCCCUCCUUCCCUCUUUUCCUCCCCUCCCUCCUUUUCCCCAUCUCCUCUCUUCUGCCCCUGCCUCCUCUUUUCCUCUCCUCUCUCUCCUGCCCCAGACCCCUACCCCAUUUCCUCUCCCUCUCUCCUGCCCUCCCUCUCUCCCCCUCCCCACCAUCUUCCCUGCCCCCUUUUCCUCUCCCCCUCUCUCCUGCCCCACCCCCUUUUCCUCUCCUUCUCACCACUGCCCUCCCCCUUUUCCUCUCUCCCCCUUUCUUUCCUCCUCCCCACCAUCUUCCCCCGGCCCCUUUUCCUCUCCCCCUCCCACCUGCCCUCCCUCUUUUACCCUGCCCCCUCCUUCUCACCACUGUCCUCCCCCUUUUCCUCUCUCCUGCCCUCCCUCUCUCCCCCUCCCCACCAUCUUCCCCGCCCCCCCUCUCCUGCCCCCCACCCCUCCCCAUUUCCUCUCCCCCUCACCACUGCCCUCCCCUUUUCCUCUCUCCUGCCCUCCCUCUCUCCCCCUCCCCACCAUCUUCCCCGCCCCCCCUCUCCUGCCCCCCACCCCUCCCCAUUUCCUCUCCCCCUCACCACUGCCCUCCCCUUUUCCUCUCUCCUGCCCUCCCUCUCUUCCCCUCACCACCACCUUCCCUCUCCCCCUUCUCCCUCUUUUCUCCCCCCUUCUCCCUCCACCACUUGCCCCAUCUCCCUCCACACACAGCUGGACUGCCCUGGACAAUGGUCCUAGUACAGAAAUGCUCCCCUCCCCCUGUAGCCCCCCUCCUGUGGUCCCCUCCCCACAUUCCUUGGUCUCUAGUACCGCCUUUCUUUCCUCCCUCUCUCCCUCCACCCUGCAGAACUCAGGAACUCACCUCUGCAGGAGGCAGACAGCAGUGUCCGCCAGCCUGGAAGGCUUGGGAAAGAGGACUGGAGGAGUCACUGGAAAGUGUGGGAGAGUUGCUCUUGUGAUAAGAGUUCUGCUUGCAGGUUUUGCAAAAAAAGGGGGGGCAUCUGUUUGGUCUCUGUGAGAACAGGAUGCUGGGCCAGAUGGGCCAUUGGGACUGAUCCAGCAGGCUCUUCUUCUGUUCUUGGUUUGUUAAGGGUACUGCUGAGAGCCGAUAGGAGACACCCGUUCCUAUCACAGAGCUACGAUUCGCAGAGUGAUUUAACAAUCCUUCCUUCUUAACUGGGAUGCUGGAUUACAUGGGCUCUGGGAUCAGAUGGUCUGAUCCAGUAGGCUCUUUCUUUCUCCUUCACCCUCUUCUUCAUGACACAUCUUUCUUCUUCGCCCUCUAUUCUCCCAUACACUAUCUUCCUUCUUGUAGCAGAGUCGUUCCCUCCUGCACACUCAAGGGUCAAGACUUUUGAGUGUGUAAAAUAUUACCUUAUUCUUUUGGCUUAGCUUCACCUUUGCUAACCUAGUGCCCUCCAUAUGUUUUGGGCUAUGAUUGCCGUCAGCGUGCAGGCUUCUGUGGCUGAUGGGAGUUGUAGUGCAGUUGUAGUUCAGAACUUCUAGAUGGCACUAGAUUGUUGAAGGCUGGCUUAGCUCUUGCCAGUGGGCUCCAUUCUGAUAAAGAAGCCACCGUUUUUUGACUUGCUUUGCAGUAGGAUGGAGAGAAGACCUCAUUGCUGCCCAUUUGUAGCCUGUCAUCAUUGCUCUUUCUUCGCUUUUUUAGAAUGCUGGCUGGAAGUUGCAAGUAAAUUUCUAUCCCUCUUUAAAAAAAAAGUUCAUCUUCCAGAAUCCAGGUACCUUAACCAGUAGCUCCCAAAUAGUGAAUCAGGAGGACACAAGGAAAAAAUAUUACAUCAAUGGAAGAAAGAAAAGGUAUUAGUGGAAAAGCUCUUCCUUUAACUGUUGGAGGGGAGGCUGAUUUUUAGUUUUCCUACUAAAUAGUCAAGUAAUCUGGUGUUAGCCACAGCUGGAGAUGUAAUACUUUGAUCAGCUCAACACCAAUUGCAGCUAGGCAACUUGUGCUUCAGGUAGAACUGGUUUCCCACCUACAGCACUUUGGCUUCCAAGAAGAUCCAGACUGUUCCAAUUAUGAAGGUGCCGCAGGCUGAGAAAGUCACAGGCUAACUGCCGGCAUACUGUUUCAAACACCCAUUCUGGAGCUUCCAUAUAUUUUAGCAAGAUUAUAAAUUUGACAUUUAUAGCGCAGAACAGUCUUGCUUAUGAGCCCAUAAACUUUAGUUUGCCCAUCGGCAUCUGUGUUCCACUACACUGUUUGAACCCUGGGAUUGGCAAGGUAUUUGCCCAGAAGGAAUGGCCUCUGGUGAACAGGCACCUGGUGUUUUUCAGCAAAAGUGUAAUAAUUUGGCACUUAAUGGAGAACAGUUCCAAGUGUCUCUCUGAGAGGAGCUCUCUUUCCAAUGCUUUAGGGCUACUUGACAUGUUACAGCAGGUAAACGACAAUUUCCCUUGCAUGAACAUGUUGCCAGGUAGGAAUUCUGUAUGGUGGUGCCAUGUUCCCAUAUUGCAUGGUGUCUUGGAAUACAACAUUACCGUAUUUUUCGCUCUAUAAGACACACUUUUCCCCUCCUAAAAAGUAAGGGGAAAUGUGUGUGCGUCUUAUGGAGCGAAUGCAGGCGGGAGGCUCUGCUCAGUGCUCCCUUUAAAGAGCCACACACACGCUCCACGCGCUCUUUAAAGGGAGCGCGUUUCUUGGGGGAGCCUUCUGCCUUAGCCGCGCGCAGCCUCUUCCAGGCAGGGGGAGCCUUCAUCCCCCUGCCUGGGAGAGGCUGUGCGUGGCUAUCCCAUAUGCCAGGACAGCAAGAGGCUAUCCCAGAGGCCAGAUCUCUCUUGCUGUUCUGGCUUCUGGGAUUCAGAAUAUGUUUUUUCUUGUUUUCCUCCUCCAAAAACGAGGUGCGUCUUAUAGAGCAAAAAAUACAGUAUAUUUUUAUCAGAUUCAAUACUUGCUGGCUGGGGCUGAUGGGAAUUGCAGUCCAAACCAAAGCAGCAGUGAGAAGGUUGGAGAGCACCACAAACUUACCCAGGCCAAGGGAGUUUUCUUUUUUUUAAAAAAAUAAUAUUUAUUAUUUUUCCAAAAACUUAAACACUAAAAAGACAAUACAACACAUCAAAUUAACAAAACGAAACAAAAACAAUAAAAUAAGUCAAACAAUUUCAUUAUCCCAUCUUUCAUUCACUUAUUUCCACGACCUCCUCACACCUCCCUUUUUGUAUUCCACUUCUGUUAAUUAUUUCAGCAAUUCCUUUCCAUCUUCCUCUGUUUUCUAUCCUAUAAUUAUCUUAACUCAUUCUAACCUUAUUUUUCCUUUAAUGCUCUAUUAGCCUAUCUGUACUUAAUUCCUUAUAACAUUUCUACUAAAGCCAUAUAACUUCAUUCCAACAUUUUUCUAACAUUCAUUAAUUUACAGUAUUUCUGUAGAUGGUCUUUAAAUUUUUUCCAAUCUUCUUCCACCGACUCUUCUCCCUGGUCUCGGAUUCUGCCAGUCAUUUCUGCCAGUUCCAUAUAGUCCAUCAACUUCAUCUGCCAUUCUCAGGCCAAGGGAGUUUUCUGUACUUCCCCACCUGCCUCGCGUGGUAUAUGGUACAGAAGUCGUCACAAGGUUAUUGACAGUUGUCUUCUCUCCCUCUUGGGUGGCACUAAGCAAUGGAGCUCGCUCUCAGAAACAGCUGUGUGUCCCUCCUUUCAGAUUGCCCUGGCCAGUUUCUAUGAAGAUGGAGGUGACGAAGACAUCAUCACGCUCCCACAGCCAGCUCCCAGCUCUGUUACCCGAGGCACCGCACCCAGGUGAGGUCAAACGGGCUCAUCUUUGAGCAUGUCUAUAUUGCGAGCUGGUGUGCAACUGCCAGAACUUCCUUCCCGCACAGGAACCCUGGGAAGUGUAACUUGCUGGGGAGGCCAUGAGGACACCCUGCUAGGGAUCUCUAGCGUUCAUGGAACUGCAGUUCCCACCCGCACUGUACUCUGGGUCUGUUGGGCAAUGGGGGUAAGCCCACAAUGUGUAAUAUAGGCAUGCCUCUCAAGUCCUUUUUAUUCUUUGGGAGGUUUCAGCACUGCAAAAAGGGUUGUAAAAACAGUUCCCUUUUGUGCUGGAGCCGAGGAAGAAGAAGCAGCGCUCUCUCCUUGUGUGCAUGCGUUUUGUGGAAUAUUUUCUACUUUCCCACUAUGGCUGCAGCCUUCCCCAACCUGGUGCCCACCAGAUACUGAGGCUGCUAUAUUUGAUGUGCUGCAGCUUAGUGGAGCACAUAUUCUGACAUGCAGAAGGACCCAGAUUUAGUCCUAAGCGUCCCCAGUUAACAGGAUCUAAUCUGCUGAGUCUGGGAAAAGCCUGUUCUCAGUGGGCCAACACUGUUCUCUUGGGGAUGACUAAUCAUGACCUGCUUAGGAGGGAUUGCAUUGUGGGGAUUAAAAAAAAAAAUGUUACUGCCACAUAAUUUGGUUGGCUGCUGUUACAAUUUGCAUCCUCAUCGUGUCAACUAUUGUGUGUUAAACUGGGCGGAGGGAGGAAUGGGAUCGGGGAAACCGAUUUUCCAGUGCUUCUCACAAAAAGAUCUGGCGUGGACUCAGGUGCAGAAAGCAGACCAAACAGCAACAUUUUGGGCUAUCGGCCUGACCUGCUUUCACAUUUCUGCUUAGUCAUGCAGUCACUGAGAGAGAGAGUUUGAGCAUGCUCAGUUGUCCCCCUCUCUAGCCUAGGUGUAUUGUGAAUUUCACAUUCUUGAGGAAAGAAAGAACGAGGUAAAGGAUUGCAUUAGUAUCCACCAUGAGCCUUUGGAGCAUAUCAGGCCAUCUGCUAGAGUUGGGUGAUACCUGGUUUUCAACUUCUUGAUAUAUCGCCAGCUACACAUCACGAUAUGCUGAUAUAGCACAAAGUCUGAAAUAAGAAUGGAGCCACGUAGAGGCACUGGUUGGCUUCACAGUUUUUCCCUCGUGAUUUUUGCAUAGCACACACACACACAUCGUGAUUCGCAAUAUAUUACCAGUUCAGAAAUUGUGAAACCAUUAUCAUGAUACGGACUUGAAACCGGUUUUGAGCGCUACAUCGCCCGGCACUAACACACGUCAUGAUUUGCAAUAUAUUGCCAGAUUAAAAAACUAUGAAACCGUUAUCACAAUAUGGUCUUCACACUGGUUCCAGGCACUAUAUUGUUAUAUCACCCAGCCCUACUAUCUGCCUGCAGAUUUCAGACUGUCUUCGGACGUUUUGACUUUCAGGAGUGCAUAGAAUGCCUUGAAAGUGCGGUGCGAAUUGGGGUGGUGGGGUUCAAGCUCCCCAACUACAAACUCAGGAAAAUGAUGCUUGCUAGAAGAUGAUGGUCCCUUGCAUGCUGAGCAAAAUUGUGGCUCCUCCUCUGUCCACCCAAAACCAGUUCCCAACCCUCUGCCGCACUAUACUGUGACCAAGGAGCACAGUCUGAGGAGGCCAGGGCGCCACAAGGCCCUAUGCAUGGAAAUGUGGACCCCCAGGGUGCCACCAGCCUCCAUAAAGCUGCCAGUUGUGUCCUGCUACUUGGAGCAACCCUCUGGAGUGCCAUGCAAGGCGGCUCCAUUUUGCCUGGGUGCAAGGAGGGAGGGAGGGAGAAGAGAAAGAAGCGAAGACGCUGCCUGGCAGGCAGGAUGCCCUACUGGCGUCUCUGGCUCUCAUGGCAGUUGUGCUGUGGAGGGAGAGAGUGGGCUGCCUGGUUGGGCGCUUAGAAUCAUAUAAUCUUAGAGUUGGAAGGGACCCAACGGUCAUCUAGUCCAACCCCGUGCACUUGGAAGUGUGCGAUGCUUCCUGCGGCCUGGGGGCGAGUGCGAUACGUUGCCUGCCCCCAAAUUCUGAAAUCGCUCCUGCGAUUUGAACUUUAAACCACUUUUGUGCAACGUACCCCCUUCACUCCCCCCAGAAAUGCAAAGUGCCCCUAAGGGUACUUGGGAUUGUUAGGGUUUUUAUCCACCCGUGCUGCUCAGCAAGUAGCAGUCGGUUGUUUAUAUCAUGUGAGUGUCUGAGAGCGUGAGAUAGGGAGUCUGAGUACUGUUGGAGAGAUUAGUGACACUUCUGUGUGUGAUGCUGUUCUGUACUGCUGCUGAGAGAGCACAGACGUGCUGAUGGAUUCUUUGUAUAUAGACUGUAAAUAAAGUACCGUAUUUUUCGUUCCAUAGGGCGCACUGGACCAUAGGGCGCACCCAGUUUUUAGGGGGGGAAAUCAAGAAAAAUAAUCUUAUUUCCCCCCCAGCCCCAAAGAGCAGCGUACAGGAUGCGCGCAACCUCUCCUUGCCGGAGGGGUUGUGCGCGGCUAUGUCACAAGCCAAGGCAGCCAGCAGGAUCCAUCCCGCUGGCUGCUUUGGCUUCCUCUUUAGCCCCACGCAACCUCUCCCUCCCGAGAGAAGCUGUGUGGGGCCAAAGAAGCCAUAGCCACGUGCAGCCUCUCCCUGCUGGAGGGGCUGUGCGCGGCUAUCCCUGAAGCCUGGAGAGCGAGAGGGGUCGGUGCGCACCGACAGCUCUCGCUCUCCAGCCUUCAGCGAAAGCAACGCAAAGCCUUUGGAGCACGGAGGGAGUGCUCCCUCUGCGCUUCGGAGGCUUAGCGUUGCUAUCGCUGAAGCCAAGGAGCCUGCAUUCGCUCCAUAGGACGCCCACACAUUUCCCCUCAAUUUUUGGAGGGGAAAAAGUUUGUCCUAUAGAGCGAAAAAUACGGUAGUUUAGAGGUACUGAUUGUCUCUUUCUUCUGCUAUGAGAUGCUUAUUGCCGGUCUCUCUGGACUGAGGAAGAUUUACAGCCAGAGAGGGACCACCGGAGAGACACCCCGGUGUCUUGGGAAGGUGGUGGCCUUCCCUGGCGUUUUUCCAACAGGGAUAAGAGCAAAACCUGCCCUCCUGUCGAUGAGGUGGUGGGAUGGGCUGUCCUUUACGGGCAGGAAUCCAUCAGGUCUGUCAGAGCUCACAAAAACGUGCUGUACUCCUUUGGUGCGGGGCAUCAGUCCUUGCAAGAUGGAAGAUCAUCCCUUAUACCACACUGUCCUUAACAACGUUUGGCAUUUUAGUAAUCAGUUGUCAUAAACAUGGAGAUGCAAAGGCCUGGGAGGAAACACCCGGAAAAAAUGGGGGAGGGGUGCCAGGGAAAAUGGGAGGGAUCCCAGUUUUUUCAGAUUUUUGUACUAACUGAACUAGGGUCAGCAACCUUUUUCAGCCGUGAGCCGGUCCACCGUCCCUCAGACCAUGUGGUGGGCUGGAUUAUAUUUUUUGGGGGGAAAUGAUCAAAUUCCUAUGCCCCACAAAUAAUCCAGAGAUGCAUUUUAAAUAAAAGCACACAUUCUACUCAUGUAAAAACACCAGGCAGGCCCCACAAAUAACCCAGAGAUGUAUUUUAAAUAAAAGGACAAAUUCUACUCAUGUAAAAACACACUGAUUCCUGGACCGUCCGUGGGCCAGAUUGAGAAGGUGAUUGGGCCACAUCCGGCCCACGGGCCUUAGGUUGCCUACCCCUGAACUAGACCAUCACAUCUCUAGCAAGCUGCUCUGUAUUAAAAAAACGUAUCCUUUGGGCACCUGGUUGGCCUUCCACUUCUUGUCGUUCUGUGCUCGCCGUUAAUGCUCAGUGCUGUUGGUGCUGCAGUUGCAUCAGAGGGACGUGUGGCACACUCAUAUUGUGUCUCCUUUUGUCUCACCAGUGACCACAGGGUGACGUCAUUCCGAGACCUUGUCCAUGCUCAGGAGGAGGAGGAAGAGGAGGAGGAAGGACAAAGGUUUGUUUGAAUUCCUGACUUCCCCCCUGAUUUAUCGGGAAGGGAGGAGUUGGGGUGGAAAAAGUCCCUCUGGAAAUGGGUUUUUGCAGGCCCAGGCUGCUAUGGAAAUGUCUGCAUUGGGCAGGGGCCUCUCUGUUGAGGCAGCUGUUGGGAGUCCUGCUCUUGGAGGGCGUGACCUCCCCUGCCAUUGUUUGAAGCACUUUCAUUCCAGAAUCUUGCAUAGUAAGUGGUUGCGGCUCUUUCUUCCUAGGGAGAGGAGCAGGCGAGUGUAUUGUUACCAUGACAUGAACAUGUUUGCUCUGUGCCAAUAGAUAAAUAGAAACUCUCCACCAAGCAAGGCUUAGUCUGUGGCUUGUAUGAAUUGCACACCUUUCUUUCUUUCUUUCUUUCUUUCUUUCUUUCUUUCUUUCUUUCUUUUUGAAUAGCUUGUUCUUCUACUAUUUGUGCAAUUUAUCCUGGUAUUGCUAGUUAUAAGGAAGAGCGGAGACAGCUUUGCGGGGCAUGCAGCCUCUGGGGUUCUUGAUCAGCUCCCCUUCUUUGACUUCUCACUGUGCAUUGACCACACAAUUUCAAGUAUAUCUUAUUUAUUUAUGUCAUGAAAUUCAUACGCUGCUUGAUUGUGCAAAACAACAACAUUAAAGCAGUUUACAAAAAACUGUAAGGCAAAAUUAUCAGGAAGGAAAAAUAACAACAAUAAGGCUUUCGGAAAAUUAAAACAACAGUAGACUUAAAUGCAGAUUAAAACUUGCAUCAACUAUCUUGGUAAUGUGAGGUCUAGGAGCUUGACCUUGAAAAGAAAAGAGAGCUCACAUUCCCAGGAAGUUAAAUUGAGUGAUAAGUUAUGUGACUUUUCUGCAGUCACAGCACAUUCUCAGCCAUGGACUUAUCUGAGAAUCCCUGUGAUGUGUGUGUUAGGAAAUGUACAGCUCCCACAGUAAAGCAAUGAAAGGGAGGCACAGUCCAGGGCGUUACAAGAGCCCUCACAGAUCAGACACACUGAGUUAUUUAAACUACUGUGCUACACAUCAUAGGCAGAGUCGGUAAGGGAAAUGUGGGCGUUGGGGCACAUAAAGCCAAUUCAUAAUUUUCAGGAUUGUCUUGUAGCAGAAUGAAUGAAUGAAGAAAGCAUUUACAGAAAGUUUAGAGCAGGGUUUCCCAGGGUCUCCAGCUGUUUUUGGACUACAAUUCCCAUCAUCCUUGACCUCUGGUCCUGCUAGCUAGGGAUGAUGGGAGUUGUAGUCCAAAAACAGCUGGAGACCCAAGUCUGGGAGUGUUCAAAGCUCUUGACAUACCUAGUCCUAUAAGGUUGGGGUGUGUGAAGCUGAGAGAGUUCCCUUGCGCAAGUGGAAAUCCUUGUAAUGACAGGAUGUGCAAACUGGAAACCACCCAAAGCUCCUAAAUUGUCUCAUGCCCAGGGGACUCCUCUCUCCUUUUGCCAAGGCUGCCUUUCUGUUUGUGGCCGAUGAUUUAUAUAAUCAAGAGGAGGCUCCUGGUAAAUCUGAAGGGUCACACGGGCAGAUUGGGUAAAAUGGUGUUGGCCAACCUAUUGGGCAGGUGUGCCUGAAGUCCAAUCCACAAGCGCUGUGCAAGCUGGCAUUAUGGUAUACCUGCAGCCUGUUCUCCCUCCACUUUUGGAGGCCACGGGCUUCUGAAUGCCAGUUGCUAAGAAUCGCAGGUGGGGAGAGUUGCUUUUGCACUGGGGUCCUGCUUCUGGCCAGCUCCCUGUUGGGGCAUCUGGUUGGCUGCCGUAGGAACAGGAUGUGGCACUUAGCUGCUGGGUUCUUUGCCUUGCCUCUGUUGUCUGCUCAGCCUGGCCAGCAGAACAGUGAAGAAAGGCCGUCUGGAGCAGAGACCUGACUCAGGGAUGGGGAACCUGCAGCCUUCCAAAAGUUGUUAAGACUCCCAACUGCCAGCAGAAUGGUCCAGUGGUCAGGGUUGAGAGGAGUUGCAGUCCAGCAUCCCAUGGGCCGCAAAUUCCCCCUCCUCAGCCUCACAUCUGUGCUAUCCAGUCAGGUCCUCCUGCUAGUGUUCAGCUGAUCCGCAAACAUUACUGCCCGUGCCACUCUGGUCCCAAUGCUGCAAGUCAGCCAGAGAGUAAAAAUUGCAAAUGUGUAUUUUUUUACUUCCUUCUUACAACCUGUUUCUUAGGCUUGGGGUGAGUGUGUGUGUGUGUGUGUGCGCUUAACCCAGUUUGAGAACAGGACUUGCUUUGGCUACAGUAGAGAGUUGAAAUUAUUAUUAUUGUUAAAAUUAAAAUUUCCAUACCGCCCUUUAUCCAAAGAUCACAGAGUGAUUUACAAUAUAAAAACACAAAAAUACAUACUAUAAUAGCAAACAAAAGCAAUAAUACAGUGGUACCUCUGGUUGCGAACGGGAUCCAUUCCAGAGGCCCGUUCACAACCUGAAAACGCAACCCGCUUCUGCGCAUGCGUGUGACAUCAUUUUGCGCAUCUGCGCGAGUGGCGAAACCCGGAAUGGGUUACUUCCGGGUCGCCACGGGAUGCAACCUGAAAACGCUUAACCAGAAGGAAACGUAACAUGAGGUAUGGCUGUACUUCCCUACACACACACACACACACACAAUUUAAAGGGUCAAAGAUUGUUUUAAUUUGCCAAAGGCCUGGGAUAAAAGGAAUGUUUUUGCCUGGCAUCAAAAGAUAUGUAACAAAAUUAGCAAAUAUGUUUGAGCACAUAUGUGCAUACAUGCCCCAGCCUUCAAUGGGUCUUCAAUGGAGAGGUGUAAUCUUGGGGGCCUGUUGUCUCUUCAGAUUUUACGCUGGGGGCUCUGAGCGAAGCGGGCAGCAGAUUGUUGGUCCUCCGAGGAAGAAGAGCCCCAAUGAGCUGGUUGAGGACUUGUUCCGAGGGGCCAAAGAGCAUGGAGCUGUGGCUGUCGACAGAGCAGCCAAGAGCCCGGGGGAAGGCAGCAGGCCAAAAGUGAGCACACCCAGGGGGGAUUCUGUUGAGAUGAAAUAUUCAGAAGGGGUCGUGUAAAGCAAGGCUGUGGUUGGCGCAGAAGUGAGACAGGUGGGAGGGACUUGAAUGAGGCCAGAAAGCAGCAUGGAUGAAGGCAUGGGAAAGCGAGGAGCAGUAAGGACCGAUAGUCAGGGAGGUGGAGCAUAAAGCAGGGAGGAGUGUUGGAGGAGAAGUGGAAAAAAGUGAGGGCUGGAAGCUUCAAGUAGAUGGAGAGAGCAAGAAGGGGCCAGUGUGGACUCUCAGGGAAGGAAGUUAAAGCAAUCUCCAGGGCUUGAGAAAGAUGGACUUAGCUGAGACAUUCUCAUUGCACUGAAAGUAGUUGUCAGCAGCAUCUUCCCUCUUAAAGGCAGCUGCAGCCAGUCUCCUGUAGCCCAUUCCCUGUGGAUGUUGUUCCUGCAGAACUGCCUCCCUCCCCAAAAAAACUCACCCUAAAAGGAGGGCUGGCAAAAUCCCACUCCACACUCACAUGCCUAAAUGUUUCAUUUAGACGCUUGCUGAUCUGAAAGCUGCUCCUUUCCCUUCGCAAAACCGUUGUUUAGUGGGGAAGUGAUAAUGGCGCAUUAAAGGACGAUGGAUUAAGUUAGAUACUGACAUGGGUUGUGUGUGUGUCAGCCCUCCAGCUAUCUGGCCUGCCCAUCCUUGGAAUUUUUAGCGGAGGGGAAGCGAGAAGUAUUUGCCAGGGCCGCCGAACGGAGGUUGAGAUCGGAGGUGACCCAUCUGCCUUUUUCCUGCUUUUUCCAGGCCUCACAGUUCCUUUCUCUCUCGCAGCCCUUUGCAGGUGGAGGGUACCGCCUGGGAGCUGCUCCCGAGGAGGAGUCUGCUUAUGUUGCCCCAGAGAUGAGGCAGAAUGCUGCCCAGGAUGUGAGUAUUGCUAGGAGUAGGACUAGAGGUAGUGAGAUCUGGCCAGAUCCCCCUUUCUCCCAUCCAGGGUUCAGUUCCUGGCUUGCUUUCUCUGGCACCUCCAGGAUAGAUAUCUCUAGGAUCAGAGAUCUAGGAAAGGCCUCACUCUGCCCCCGAGUCCAUAGAGAGCUGCUGCUGCUGCUCAGCAUAGAUCAGGCAUGUCCAAAGUCCGUUUCGAGGGCCUAAUCCGGCCCGCUGGUCGGUUUAAUCUGGCCCCUGUGGCAGUUUAUUUCCUGGGGUAAAACUCAAAAAAACUUCAACCCUAAAAAAACUCAACUUUGGGGUAAAAUCAUAAAAAAGCUCAACAACUUCAAACUUCAAUCCUAAAAAAAGGUCAGUAAUUUGGUCGGCCCUCACAGCCCUUCACUUCAUCAAAUCUGGGCUCUUUGAAAAAAGUUUGGACACCACUAACAUAUAUGAUGCGGAACCAGCUUUUUUUUUUUUGCCAACCAGGCUCCUUCCGGGUGCAUCAAACUAUAAUUCCCACCAACCCCAGCCAGCAUGGGGCUAAUGGGAGUUGUAGUCCAAAACAUCUGGCAGGAACCAGAUUGGCAGAGCUGAAACAGACCAAUGAUCUGUCUAGAUAUAAGGCAGCUUCAUAUGUCCAGCCACACAUUGCAUACAAGGAUAUAUGUUAGUGAUUAAGUUUUAAUUUAUAUAUUUUUAAACAGUUGCUAUAUUUGUAUUGUCCCUGCUAUACCUAACUGCAAAUCCAAAUGUAUCACUAUCGUGUUUUAUGACUUCCUUGAUAUUGUAUGUGGGCUGAAACUGGUCUGUGACCGAAAUAAUAAAUUCAUCAUCAUAUAAAACCCCUGGCACUGGCUGCUUCAGAGGAGAGAGGGUGGAUCGGAGGGUGGAUCCAUCAAGCUGCUUUCUGCCCUGUGUGUUGAGCCCAAGACAGGCGGGGUGAGUUGAAGCCAUUUGCACGUGGCCGAGAAAGGGUUCCACAUCCAUCUCCCUUACUAGCUCUCUCCUCCAGCAACAUUGCAAAGGCACCAGGUUAGAGAAGGCUGGCUUCCAGGGCAGCAGCUCUGGCAGGGCAAGAAGGAUGAGGAGGGUUGCAAUUUCUGCAGCCUGGCAUGGCAACCUCACUCCCUGGUUUGAACGGGCGCAGAUGUGCAGCAGUGUGGCUUCCCGGGAGAGGCACCCUGCAGAUGGUGGAAAGACUUUUGAUUUUACAGGUGCACGUGGUCCUGAAGCUGUGGAAGAGUGGGUUCAGCCUGGACAGCGGAGAGCUGAGGAGCUACCAAGACCCAUCCAACUCCCAGUUCCUGGAAUCCAUCCGCAGAGGGUAAUGGCAGUGCUCUGGGAGGUGGGCCAGUGUUUGGUAACUGGCUGCACCAGACAUCUAAUUCCCUGGGAUGCUGUACUCUGCAGGACGCUCCCUCGCUCCAUCUUACCACAGAGAAAGGUAAGGCUGGCUGGUCCUUUUUCUUGAGUUGCCUCCCUCUGUUUUCCCUUGUCAGGGAGGUUCCUGUGGAGCUUCGCCGGUUGGCCCGUGGCGGACAGGUCAACCUGGACUUGGAGGACCACCGCGACGAGGAUUUCACAAAACCCAGAGGUGCCUUCAGGGCUUUCACCGGGGAAGGACAGAAACUGGGCAGGUGAGGAGUCAGCAUUGAGCAUUUCCUUCUUGCCUCUUUUCUCUUUUGCAAAAAGGCCCAGCUGCCUCUAGUCUUCAUUGAGAGAAGCACUCAAGUAAAGGUUCAAAAGGAAAUUAAAGCACAGUAAGACAUUAAAAACUUCCCCAUGCAAGGCUGCCUUCAGGUAAUGAUGACAAUAGUAAUUAUUAUGUAUAAUAAGUGCUGUGGAACCUUGGUUGUCGAACAUAAUCCGUUCCAGAAGACCGUUCGACUUCCAAAACGUUCAACAACCAAAGGGCUGUCAGCAGUUUCUAUGGUGAAAAUUGAAAAACACGCUAUUCGGCUUCCGAGGUGUGUUCAAAAACGGAAGCAAUUACUUCCGGGUUUUCGGCAUUCAGGUUCUGAAACGUUCUGCUUCCAAGACGCUCGAAAGCCAAGGUUCCACUGUAUUAAUAUUAUUAAUACACCGCUCAUCUGGCUGGGUUUCCCCAGCCACUCUGUGCGGCAUCCAGCAGAAUAGUAAAAAUACAAUAAUUCAUCAAACAUUAAAAACUUCCCUAAACAGGGCUGCCUUCAGGUGUCUUCUAAAAGUCAGAUAGUUGUUUAUCUCCUUGACAUCUGCCCUCUGCCUGGUUCCCUGUAGCUUCAUUUCUCACAGUGAGGGAACCGCCAGAAGGCCCUCGGAGCUGGACCUCAGUGUCCGGGCUGAACGAUGGGGGUGGAGAUGCUCCUUCAGGUAUACUGGACCGAGACCAUUUAGGGCUUUAAAAGGUCAGCACCAACACUUUGAAUUGUGCUCGGAAACCUACUGGGAUCCAGUGUAGGUCUUCUAGAACCAGUGUUAUAUGGCUCUGGCAGCUGCUCCCAGUCACCAGUCAUGUACAUCAUUCCUCCUUCCUUCUCCUGCAGCAAUUCUGCUGCCCUUGCUUUAAUAGUAAAAUCUCAAGUUCUAUAAAUAUUCAAAUAAGGCCAAACUGCCUAGUUUAUCUCUGCUUGUCCAGUCUACUUGUAAUAUGAUCUGGAAUGUUGAAUUUAGUCGUGAACGGCCUAAGCGCUGCAUUGCAAGCUGGGCAUCAGCUGUGAAGGUCUGUGCCAGAAAUACACCAGGUCAGGCAGGGAGUGAGAUGAUCCCAUUUCAAAUUCUUGUUGCUCCGUCUUCUUGGCAGAAAUUGCUUCCUCAUCCCUCUUUGCUGGUUAGUCUGCUGCAUGCUGCUGUUAACCAGGCCAGCAACUUCUGAUCCUGAAAAUUGCAUGGGUGAAUGUUGCAGUUAGCAAAUUUCUAUGCGGAACCAGGUGCCUAAUGCGCAUUUCUUUUACUUUGGAAUUUUGCCCACCUGUCCUCAAGGCAGCGUUUGAAAUACUUCGUUGAUUAAGGUUGCCGUGCAGUCCAAAUUUAACAUGGAGUAAAGCCCCGCCGAAACAAGUUGGCUGACUUCCAAGUAAAUGCAUUUUGGCACUUCUCCCACAGCAAACUGCAAUUGUUUCCAGCUUUCAGUGGCUAACUGCACUUUUCAGUGGUUAGAAUGUUUGCGGACAUUGUUAACAUAGUUGUAGCUUAGCUUCCUGGGGUGGGAGGUGUUGCGGCUGCAACUUGCCCUUGGAGUGCAGGAUUUAUUCUCCAGAGUAGAAUUAGGCGGAGAGUUUGCAAGCCGUCCAGACAGGCCAGUUAUUUGAACCUUCAUCUUCUCUGUGCAAACCCCAACAAUUCUGCCUUCAAACAGCCCAGUUGUCUUCUUGGCUUGUUCUUCCCCCACAGCCCUUCUUGUUGUUUGGUUUGGUUUUUAAUUAAAUUUCUAUAUCGCCAUUCAUCCGAUGAUCACAUUUUCUUAAACUGUGGAUAAAAUAGUAUGGCUGCGGAUGUUGAAGGACACAAUUCCCCCCCCUUUUUUAACUGUUUUUAUUAAAAGAUUUUCUUGGGUAGCAAAAGUACAUACAUCGUCUCUAUUUUCAGAUCAUUUUUCCAAGUCCUUUAUACAGAUCAGUUAUAUUUGAUGUGAGACGUUAAUGUUGUAUAUGGUAUAAGGUUUAAGGGGAAAGAGGUGGGGAGAUGGGGGGGCUGAGGGGAGUAGUAAACUUUCAUUCUUUUCCAUAGUGUAUGUGCAAGGUGUUUGUGUCAGCAUCCUGUGGGUAGGUUUGAUAGACACAGUUUCUUUUUAAAUUCAUCCUAUAUCCUCUGUUUCAUUACAAAGAUUCUUGCACGAAGGAAAGGAAGUGCUGGGCCAGAUUUUUGGUCCAGUCCGGUGGCUCUCUUAGAGUACAGUAGUACCUCUGGUUGCGAACGGGAUCCGUUCUGGAGGCCCGUUCGCAACAUGAAACGAACUCAACCCACAGUGGCAUAUCUGUGCACACACGGGUUGUGAUUUGCCGCUUCUGCGCAUGCACGUGACAUCAUUUUGCGCUUCUAUGUCAGUGGCGAAACCCAGAAGUAACCCUUUCCGGUACUUCCGGGUCACCGCAGGACGUAACCUGAAAGAACAUAACAUGAAGCGGACAUAACAUGAGGUAUGGCUGUAGUUUCACCUGGUUCAUAAAUGGUUUUGACCAGUCUCGUUUUGCUUGGGUCUCCAAACCCAAAUUUCAAAGGCUGAUAAGUCUUCUGAAGCUGCUCCUUUAUGUCCAUCGAGUAACUGUGUACAGUCGCCAGGUUUAUUGUCGGAGGGGGGUCUGCAUCAGUCUUGCCCAAACCUGCCACCUGCUCCACAGUGCAAACCUUUCCUCCCUCCUCCUUCCUCAGCACUGCCCCCCAGGUGAUGGGCGCAGGCUCCCCAUCGCAGCAAGCGGAAAACGAAGCCAAAGCCAGCUCCUCCAUCACCAUUGACGAGUCAGAGCCCACUACCAGCAUCCAGAUCCGGCUGGCGGAUGGAGGGCGGCUGGUCCAGAAAUUCAACCACAGUCACAGGUACCGGGGCAGAGCUUGCUGCCAAAGGGCGUUACAAAUAUGGGAACCUGGCUGGCAUUGGUGGGUGGGUGGGAAGCCGGAAGAGGUCCAGCGCUGUGAUGGCUUGUGAAUGCCCUUCGCAAGAAAUGCCUCUGCUCACUCAGAGAUACAUAUAUACAGUCUUUAUUUUACAUAUGUACAGGCAGCACAUCAUGCAUCUGAAUCCUCCGGCUCAGAUUCUGGGAGUGGCUUAUGCUCCUUCUCCAACAGAAAAGGCGGGGAAGUUUCACAUGAUGCCUCUCCUCCCCCCCUUUAACCCUCUCCUUUCCCUGGCAGACAGGCAUUGCCUCACUGUCUGUGCCAGAACUUCCUGAGCAGUGCUGAGGCUCUGGUUCAACAUCUGAGAGCCGUCCCGCCUCCUGGCUUUCUCCUCUUUCCUCAAUCGUCACUUCCUGCCCCCCUCCCUCUGCCUGUUCCUGCUCCUCCCCUGCAUUCUCUGGCAAUACCAUGACAAACGCAUCUCGGUUUUUUUGCAGGAUCCGCGAUGUCCGACUCUUCAUAGCGGACGCCAGGCCUGCCAUGGCCGCCACGAGCUUUGUCCUCAUGACCACUUUCCCCAACAAAGAGCUGACAGAUGAGGACCAGACCCUGAAGGAAGCCAACCUACUGAAUGCCGUCAUCGUCCAGAGGUUAAUAUAAGGGAACCUGCCCGAUGGCUGCCUGCCCAGGCCCUACAGCCUCCUACGGGGCAACUCUCCGGGCGGGAAGGGCAGCCUCACGGCCACCGCGUAGUGCUGGGUUCGAAGCUCUUGCGUUGGACUCUUUAGUUGCGUUUCCCACUGUUUUGUUUUCUUUGUGCUGAUCCAUGGACUUUAAAAAUAAUAAGAAUAAUAAUAAUUAAAACCAAACACAGACUUUUUCAAAGGAGCAGCAGCUACCUGUUGUGCCUGCCACACACUCCCCCCUGGAUCACUUAUGGGGCAGAAAGGAGAGGUAAGGUUCAAAGGGGGGGGGCAUGGCUUCCUCCCUUCAUUCCAGCUCCAGGGGUGGUAGCAGCUACAGGAUCCGUUGGUGUAUUAAAUAAAGUGGACCCCCAAACCGGGGGGCUCUCUUCUGUGUUGCCAACCAAGUCUGUAGGGUAUUUCUGUCUUGCAGAUGGGUAAAAGCUGUGGGCAUUAGGAGGAAUCCAGACCUUCCCUCCUCAAAUAAUCUAGCGUCCCAUCUGUAGCACAAUCUUGCCAUCUACUCUCCCGUCCCUCCAGGCGCUCUCAUAGCACCGCAAAGAGCAGAGAGGUCCCUCCAAAGUGUCUUUCCGCCCAUAUCCUGAAAACGAGCCACUCUUAAGUGAGGGGUCUCCGAGUGCAAAGCCUGGGAUGGGUGGCCCUUGGGUUUCCCCCCCUCUUUCCGGCGUGCUAAAUAAAAGGAAGGGCUUGUAAAAAAGAGGAGACCCACAUUUUGACCAGGAUUUGAAGCCUCUUAGGUAGGGGAACGGUUUGGCUUGGAGUGUGUGACUUCGUACUUCCUGAAGAUCAGCACGGCUGCAAUCUGUCACUCAUCUCAGUUUUGGAUCCAGGGGUGUCCUCCCCACCUCCUCCUGUUUUUUUAAGAAAAUAAUUCGUCAGCUGCCUCCCACUGUUCCUCAUUCUGUCUCAUCUGCCUUUGUUCUUUCUCAGGUCUUUCUUAGGAAGGUCUCUCCCUUGAUAACACAGCAGCCUUUGCCUUUCUGGGUCCCUCCAGCUGAUCCAAAACAUCUGUUUGGCCCCAGGUAGGCAAAGGCUGUGACGCCGAGUGCCCCAGGAAACUCACUAAAUUUCUCCUCAAUGGAAAGGGGCGCGUGCAGGAAAGUUUGGCGCAGGACGAAUACCUCUAUGCCUGCAAGCCUGCUCUCAGCUCUGCUCCUCAGUUGCAGGGUGUGCUUGAGCUCACAUCCGCUGCGUGGUCCCUCCUCUGUCAGGUGACGGAGAGCAGCCUCUCCACGGGAGCAGGGCUUGAGAAAAAGGAAGGCUUGGAUCCAGGCCGGUCUGUCCUGCCAGCCACUUGGGUAUCGGUUAUCCUGCACCAGAAAGUUCAGACAUGGGCAUUUCCCACCAGCCACCCCUCAUGGCUAAAUGAAUCCACACCGGAUGUUGACAGUGAAUUCUGUAAAUUAUUGUGACAAGUGUGUGAGCAUUAAAAAUCCAAACUGAACCCGGG